GAAAGGCCUGAGUACAAGUGGAUCAUCUUUGACGGACCGGUUGAUGCCUUGUGGAUAGAGAGCAUGAACUCGGUCAUGGAUGAUAACAAGAUCCUGACUCUUAUCAACGGAGAACGCAUUUCAAUGCCUGAUCCGGUGUCGCUGCUCUUCGAGGUAGAGGACCUUGCUGUGGCGUCUCCGGCGACGGUCUCACGAGCCGGCAUGGUCUACAACGAUGUUCACGAACUCGGCUGGUGGCCCUACGUCAACUGCUGGAUAGCUGGAAAGACCGGUAAAGUGCUGAUCGAGACACUGAAGAUGCUGUUCAACAAGGAUCUCACCAAAAUCCUGGAGUUUGUGCAACGCAGCUGCAACAAACUGAUCCCUGUCAGCGAAAUCAGCCUCAUUAUUGGCCUGUGUCGCCUGUUUGACGGACUGUUUGGCGACGGAAGUGAGGUAAUGCUGCCAUAUUCAAUCAUACAGACAAGGGUAUGGAUUACUUAA